GCUUGACGCUUGUCCCUCAUUCUUUCCCAUUCGUUUGCAAGUGCAAGCUCGCCGUUGUGCUUCUUCUCCAUGUCAUCCCCCGCAGCCCUAUCACAGCGAUGAACGUCUGCCCCGCGGUCCGCCAGAUGCAGGUCGUCUUCCUCUUCCCCAGUCCUCGGCACUCUCCGUGCUAGGCUGGACUAGGAAACUGGACCGAUGGCACGUGGACCGGGGAUCGCAACCGGCUUGCGACCUUGGUCAUGGGUGGCUUGGACGACGAUGCGACGUGCCCCAGCGCGACGGCUACCCCCGCAAGGGCGUAUUCGUUCAUCUGCCAUCCCCAGAUUUGCUUGCGCCGCGCCAGAAGUUCUCCCGUCAAUACCUGUCCCUGCCAUGCGAUCUCCCUGCCCCGUUGGGCGUCGACAAUGGAGAAAUUGGGGGAGCGAUUAUGAUCACCGCCCCUCAUCACGCUUCGCGCCAUCUAGCAAUGCGGGCCUUGGGGACUGCGUGAUUCGCGCGCCUCAGCGGCUCGAGGUGGCUGCUGGCCGGCAGGCCGAGGUAGAGGAUCAUGUAUUUAUACGGGCCGUGUCCGGCUUCUUUCCUAAGUCUAGUGGCCAUGUGUGCCGUCAGGUCUUGAUCAGGUCGUCCAGUGCUUAGCAGCCCCAGCUCAGCGCCAGCCAGCCCAGCACGCGUACCUGCCGUCCAGUCCCCAUCUUCCCGGAACGCCUACUCCCUAUCAACAUGAAGGUUUCAGGCCUCUUCUCCCUUGCGGCCGUCGUCUCGUCGGCGGUGGUUUCGGCCGCCCCCGUCCUCCUCUCGGCGCGCCAGUACUCGGGAAACACCUACAACCAGCUCAUCGACGGCACCCCAUGCCGGGACGUGACUCUCAUCUAUGCCCGCGGCACCAUCCAGCAAGGCAACGUGGGCGACCCGGCGGCCGUCGGGCCCCUCAUGUUCAACGCUCUUGCUGCCCUCCUGGGUACUAAUAAGCUCGCGGUACAAGGGGUUACGUACCCAGCCAGUAUCCUGGGCUUCCUGCUCGGCGGGGAUCCCGACGGGGCUAACACCAUGACGGCUCAUGUGGCAAGGGCGGCAACCCAAUGCCCCAACACCAAGAUCAUCCUUUCGGGAUACAGCCAAGGCGCACAACUUGUUCACAGGACUGCCGGGCAGCUGACUGCUGACGUCGCUGGCAAAGUCACAGCUGUCCUCACACUUGGCGACCCCUUCAUGAAGCGCACGCUUGCCAACAUCCCCGCCUCCAAGCACAGGGUUAUCUGCCAUGACGGUGACAACAUCUGCGAGGGAGGAAUCAUCGUAAAUGACAAGCACACAAACUACCAGGAGGACGCCGGGGAUGCUGCCUUGUGGAUGAUGUCGAGGGUGCGGUAAGCCACAGUUGGCAUGUUUUAGCGAAGUUUUGCUGGUGAUCUUUUCUUAAGGGUUAGGUACGGAAUUACCGCAAUGAUAAGCAGCAGGUCAACUGCAUAAUAUCACGAUUGAUCUG